AAAUGAAGGAGGCAUUUAAAGAUCUGCAGGAGAGAGAGGAGUCAUUACUUGAAGACCUGAAUGAGGCAGCUGUGGAAAACAACAAUUUGCAGGAGAAAGUACUAGAGAUGACACCUGAAAGUGCAGAUGUUUGACAAAUUGGAGACAGAAUAUCAAAGUAAUAUUGACAAAUACAACAAGGUUUUGUCUGACAACAGUAAUAUGGCUCGUCAGAUCGAGGAACUACACCAGCGACUCCAAACAAGCACAGAGGCUGACAAGGACCUCAGCUAUGUCAGGGAGGAGCGUGACCACUAUGGGCGAGAACGGGAAAAUCUCACCAAACGCAUACAACAACUGGAGGGCCAGUGUCAAACCAUGUCUGACGAGAGUGUUGGACUGAACCAAGAAGUCCUAAAACUGGAAGGUGAUAACCAACAAUUGGUUUUUGACAACAAUACUCUCAGAGCUCAACUUGGUAUUUCAAAGGGUGGUAGUGAGAACAUCAAGUUCCAGAACGAGUACAAGAAACUCCAGGAACAAUUCAAUAUUGCCAUCGCACAGAAAAAUCAAGCACAGAAAGAAGUCAACCAGUUUGUACAUCGUCUUCAACAGAGAGAUAGUCGCUGUCAACAACUCGCUAUGCAGGUGAGCCAGUUAGCAGAGGAUCGUGGGUAUCUGAACAAACAGUUGGGCCACUUGUCGAAGAGCCUGAGGGAGCGUGAGACACAACUUCAGGGACUUCAGGAGGACCAUCGCAUCUUGUACCAAGCUCACAUGGUGACACAGGCUAAGUUAAUGGAGGCAGAAAAAAAGAAUGUUUCAGAGGCCAUUCAUAAAACUUCAACCCCUCAACCUCAAGAAACUGAAGUAAUAUCACAGGUCAACGACACUGUAGAGGUCAAGAUACCUGAUGAGGAAACACCGACUGUCAGUAUUGAAGCCAGUGAAUUGGCAAGGAUAAAGAACAGACUUGGAGAAGUGGAACUGGCUUGUGUCCAGUAUCAGGAACUGACCGGUCGGUUGGAGAGGACACUGACCGAGGAGCGUGACACCAGGAUACAGAUGGAGGAGACUUUGGCCGCUAGUCAGGAGCUGUUAAAGAAGGCUGGCAGUCCUGAGGAGUUCCAUUUAGACAUUGAGGAUGAGGACCUGGCCAGGAUUAGAGAACACAGUCCAAUGCUGAUGCGACAUGGAUCCGGCUACUUCAGCAGGGUACAGCGUUGGUUACGAGUCCAACGGGAAUACUUCUGCCUUUCCAGCCGCCAGCUGAAUCGCGCCAUGAGACUACGACCGGGUAUACGCACCAUGAUAUGGGCUUACUUCAUCAUCGUCCAUGUCCUCAUGUUAGCCUGUGUGUUUGGAUUUUUCUGAAGUCCUGGUCCUGUUGUCCAUCAACUCCGAGAAAUCGACAAAAUCAUUCGACUACAUUGACAAGUUGAUACUAAACAGACGAAUGUUACACAUGUUACUAUGAAAUUUGAUAUUUUUGCAUGCGAGCCCUUUACAUUGUUUAAUUUUUUAAACACUUACUCUACAUUGGAAAGAUGUUUUGGUAAUUUAAACAUUUUUAGUUUGUUGUUUUGUUUGAUAUUUGUUAGUUCUAGUGACAGUGUAGAUAUUAAGUGUGAAGUGUUCACAUCGCAAAAAUUUCUUAUUUUUUCACCCAUUUUCAUCUAUGAAUUAGAAUCUCUGUAGUUACAUAAAUAUAUUGUGCCUGGACACAAUUGUAGAUCAUUUUGUGAUAAUAUUUAUCAUAAUCGAUACAUAUGAUGAAUCUAGGACAGAUUUAUGAGUUAUACCUACUGUAUAUAGUCAGGGUGGAAUGGAAGUCCCGUCAUCAUGGUCUCAGCCAAAACUCUUUCUGUACAUAAAACAUCCUAGAGAUCAUGAUUCUUGGUAGAUAUCUGUAAUGGCUUGCAACAUGAACAUAACAAGCUCAUAGUCAUCAGAUGUGUUCAAUACUGUAUACAUUCCAUAUACUUAAUUCAUAGAAAAAAGGGUUCAUUUCAGUGUACCAUUGUUAUAAGUACAAUAAAUUAUUUAUAAAAUACUGCAUAUUUUUCAUUAACAUUGAUUUGGUUUAUCAUUAUUUAUGAUACAUGUAUCAUGUUAAAGUUUAAUUGUUUAAUUUCAUUGCAAUAUUAUGUGUACAAGCCUGUAAAUACACCCCACCCCUAUAUGGGACAUCCAGUGUCUGUGACCAGGCUCCACAAAGUACAUUGUAUUUAUGUACAUGUAUAUAAUUUAUUAUUUGAGGAUGAAAAUAAAAGGCCUCCCAUUUACUGUAGGAUGUACUGUGUACUUGACUUCUGUUAACAAUAUUAUUGUCCAAUAUAUGUUGUAAAUAUAUGGUGAAUUGGUUUCAUUAAGAUUUUGUUGAAUAAACCAAUUAAAUAGUAUUCAGUACUGAACAGUGUACUACAACUGGUACUGGUUAGUGGUAUUAUUGUAAAAAGCACUUGUUGAAGAUCUUUAUCACUAUAAAGUUCAAUAGGUUUUUUUUGUUUUUUUUUUUUAAUUUCAUUUAUGAAAACAGGCCACCAUGAUGUUUCUGUAGUUGUGAAGAUUUAUUUUUAGUGCAUUGAAAAAUAUCCUAGCAUCAAGCUCAUAAAUUAUUAUUUUUGGUGCUUAAAGAUAUAUAUAAGCAUAAAUACUGUUUCAAAUGAGUAUUGACUGGGUUUGAGGAUAUUUCUGUUCAAGCACUGUUGCCUUCUAAGACAUGUAUCAAGUAUGAAAUUAUUUAUUUGUUUAUUAUUGAUUUUGGAAGUUGUUAUUCUAUUUGUAUAUUUGUCAAUCCAGAAAUCAAUAAGUGGAGUAAUUGAUAAAAAAAAUAAUCCAUGAAUGUGUAAAUGUAGAAUUGAAUGAAUGAGACUGGAAUCAUUUUAAUGUUUCAUCACAAUGUUUAACAUAAAAUGAAGUUGAUGAAUUAUAAAUUUGCAUAAAACAAUUAUAGCUUGUGAUGAGUGUGGGAUAAUUGUUGUUUUUACAGAUGUAUAUUAAUAGUAUUGAGAUGUAAAUUGAUUGUAAUGAAUUGUAAUGAGAUGCAAAUUAAUUGUAAUGAAAUGCAAAUUCAUUGUAACAUUGAUGAGGUAUUAUUAUGGCAUGUUUUCACAUGUAAUAUAAAUCAUGAAUACAUUUUAAUGCUCGAUUCCUUUGUAAACAAAACUGGUGCAUUCUUCGGGCACAUCUCUUUCCUUCCAUAUACACCAGUAUCUGUGAUAAUCAAAUGACCUAUAUUCUGGGUAAAGUAGCUCGAUUGUUUUAACAGUUGCAUCACUGGCCAGAACAGAAGAACCAUUCUCAUCUUCCGAUAACUUUUUUUUUACUUAACAGAAAGCAUUGCCUUUCUACUUAACAUGGGAAUAUACAAGGUUUGUCUUUACACAAACAGUAAAUGUAGCAAUGUGUAAGAGUGGACGAUUUUUACAUGUGUAAAGAUAAACCUUGUAUAUUUAUAUAUAUCCAAACUGAUGAUUCUUAUUAAAGAUAUUAACAUCAGAACGUUAGAGAUGUGUAAAACAAUGGCCAAGGACAGCAGUAUUAAUGAGGAUUCAUGCUGUACUAGUGACUUAUAGAUUUUGUGAAAUGUAACAUCACCAUACACAGUUACAUAUUACAUAUUGUGCCUAAUAUUAUGCAUUGUCCAUAAGGUCAUAAGGUCAAUACAUCUUAUCUUUAAUGGCAUUGUGAUUAUUAGACAUAAAAUCUUUGUCAAUAUCUGAUUUUGUUCGCUAACUAUCUAUGCAAAAUAUCGGGGGUUGUGAAAGUGGUAUGAGUAAGGUUUGACCAGUGACAAGGUACGUAAUAGCUUUAUAAGCUCACCUCAACAGUUAAAACUGCUUUAAUACAAACAAUGGUAAAAUAAGCUCUUAAUGUACCUAUUUUGUACUUCCUUAUUUUUUACUCUUUAAGGACCGGACUCCCUUAAUUUGUCGUGGGUAGAAUAAGGAUGCUGUCAUCGGUAAACCAAUUUGUAUCUAUUUUCUAGUGUUGAUAGAUGACAGUAUCAGAAGGAAACCACUUUCCUUGACAAUUUACCUCAUGGCAAGUCUAUUCAUUUGUAUGAAUAAGAUUUCCGAGUAUGGCUUAUGUGAUAAGACAUGUGAAUGAUCAAAUAACUGUGAAUGUACACUGUACAUGGAGUUGUCUGGACAUUUGUUUACUAUGAUACCUAAAUUACAAACUAGAUAUUUCAAUAGAAGAUCAUUUCAUUAGACUUGAAUAGGUGGUGAAAUGGCUUAUUUCCUCUUAAAAUGAGUUUAUCAGAUUUUUUCCUUUUUUUGCUAUUUAAAUUUAAAGUAUGGAAUUUUAUAAUAAUGUACAUUCCCUGUGAUUUCUGUUACACAUUCCUCUGAUAAUUCUUUCAGUUUUUUUUAUUGUUUGACCUAAAGUCAUUGAUUAUGCAGCAACUGUACUACUACUUCAUUAUCCUAUAACUCCUCACAAGAACUUAUCAGAUUUAUGUAUUACGUAAUUUAAUAUCGCUGAUAUUGAAUCAUAUCAUGAUGAAAAUGUGAUAUUAAACAAAAUAUGACAUUAAACGACAUAUUAAGUGGAAUCACUUUGACUUGUGGAUACCAUCUUCUGUUCAUUGUAGCAGCAUUGUUGCAUGUAGUAGGUAUUUGCAUAUGAACAGUUACAUGUUUGUGAGAUCAACUGUAUGAGGUAACAUGAUAGAAAAUUAUGGAUAAAGAUAUAAGUUUAUUUAUUUAUUUGAUAAAUAAAGAAGAUAUUUUAUAAAUAUUAUUUUUUGUUAAAUUAUUGUGUGACAUAUCAAUUCUUUUUACUUUGUGAGAAGAUAAAUUAACUGCCAUUUACUGAAAAUAAUUCCUUUACAAGCAUUUACUUACACAUACAUGUACUUAGGAUUCAAUACCAAAUAUUUCCUCUCCAUAAAAGGGCGAUGACUUUUAAGGGUGUUUCCAAGGAAACAAUAUUUAUUUGCAAUAUACUGCAUACAUUAUAAGUGUCAUUUUCUUUUCUCAGCUUCUUUCUCAUAAAAUCAAAUUUUCCAGUCUUAGGGGAUAACUUUACAGGAAUACUUGUAAGUCACCAACAAACAAUAGUUAAUAUGUUGUGUAAUAUCAAGGCCGACAAACAAUAGUUAAUAUGUUGUGUAAUAUCAAGACCAACAAACAAUAGUUAAUAUGUUGUGUAAUAUUAAGACCAACAAACAAUAGUUAAUAUGUUGUGUAAUAUUAAGACCAACAAACAAUAGUUAAUAUGUUGUGUAAUAUCAAGGCCGACAAACAAUAGUUAAUAUGUUGUGUAAUAUCAAGGCCGACAAACAAUAGUUAAUAUGUUGUGUAAUAUCAAGGCCGACAAACAAUAGUUAAUAUGUUGUGUAAUAUCAAGCUGAAUGCGAGACAGAAUGAUUAUAUUAAAUAACAAUUAUAUAACGGCUACAUUGGGUGAUGGAAGCUGAAUUACUUAAGGAUGUAUGCUAUCGUGCUUAAAACAAGAUUCCUUUUAAAAGAGUUCUACUGUAACACAAUUGUAAAAGAUGUAUUUACAAAUUAUAAAUGGACUCUUUUAGUACUCUAUUAUUGAAUUAUGUUAAAAAGAUACUUAAGGGAGAUAAUUAUAACAAAGAAGCAUGGAGUAAUGUAGCAUAUAUCCUUAAAUCAAAUUGUUUUUUAUAUCAUAGGUAUAAGCAAUGGAAGUUUAUCCUGGAUAAGCUAAUCUGGUGAUAAUCAAGAUGACAAUGUCUGCCAUCUAUGAUGCAUGUAGGUACUGUAUUUGUAUUAAGGUUGUGAUAGGUCGGGUGAGCAUGUGUGAUGUUGAUUAUGUAAUUAUGCGAGUGUUAAAGCACCAACUUGUUCAUAAGAAUAAAUGGCAAGCAAAUGAUUGAA